CGCGCGAUGGCGCCCGGCGUACUCGCGCGUGGGUGAGCGGGAUGGCACCGCACAACACCAACCGACCAAAGGGAGCACGCCGGCUGAGCAGCUUCUUCCUUCUUCUGCUGCGCGCCCAAGCUCGACCACCUCUCCCACACAUCGCAGGCGACGCCCCCGACGGCGCAAGACAUGCCGCCUGCCUCCCAGCCACAGACCCCUCUCCUCUCGUAAUAGACCGGCCGCAAAACCCCAAAACUGCGACAAUCCCCAUCCAUCCCGGUGGACAUCGCCAGCUCCGAAGACCCGUCACGCCAAGCAUCUGGUGAUCCCACAUCGCCGCAACCAUGGUCGGCAAGGUCAGCGAGCGCGUCCUCCUGCGGGAAGGACUGGAGCGUACCGACAAUGGCAUGCGCCAGACGAGCUGGCCCGAUGUCAUCCCAAUCAACCAGAAAAACUACUACACAGACUACAUGAAGCGCGACGACCAGGUCCUCGCCCUCAGACUCCAGACCGAGGCCCAGAGAGACCGUCUCGUCCAGAACGCCAAAGACCGUGAUCGCGCCCUGGCCCGAGGCGCCAACGGCGAGUUACCAUUACCCACAGACGCCGCAGAGCUCCAGCAAGAAGAUGACGCUCAAGCCCCAUCCGAUGGCUUCGAUCCUUCCAGGAUCAUCGUCAUACAUCCUGGAAGCCAGAACCUGCGCAUCGGCUUCGCCAGCGACGCCCUCCCCAAGACGAUACCCAUGACUCUGGCGACAAAGUUUCCCCAGACAGAGUCGGAGGCUUACGAAGCCCUCCCGCGGCGGCAGUUCGAGGCCAAGACACAGGACCAACAGUACGGCGAGGAGUGGUCGAAGAAGUUCCAAAAGAUGUCCAACGACCUCAAGAUCGAUAUGCGCGCCAACAAGCGCAAGGUUCUACCCAACUCCAAAGAGCUGGUCGUCAACUAUAACCGGCGCACCGAGCCAGAAGAGAUCCAGAAGCACAACGACCCCGUGGAGAUCGAGUGGACAGAUGUCGGCAUGCUCGAGGACCCGACAUCCCUGGCAUCGUGUUUUAUUGGCAAUGCGGCACAACGCGUGCCUGACGACUCACAGCCCAAGUUCAAGCUCUGGUGGCCAAUACAGCACGGCUGGUUGAACGAGGACUCCUACUCAACCGCUGAGCACCUCUUUGACGACUUGGAGACACUCAUUGACAAGGCGAUACGACAAGAGCUCGGCCUGACGCAAACGAGCUCGUGGAAGAACUACAGCUGCGUGAUCGUCAUCCCCGACCUCUACGACAAGAAAUAUGUCGAGCAAAUCCUCAAAUCAUGCAUGAUAUGGUUCGAGUUCAGCAGGAUAUGUUUCGUGCAGGAGAGCAUGGCUGCCAGUUUUGGUGCAGGCUACACGCAAGCCUGUGUCGUGGACGUUGGCGCACAGAAGACCUCAAUUGCUUGUGUCGAGGACGGACUUAUCCUAGAAGACUCACGCAUCAACCUCAAGUACGGCGGCUUUGACGUGACGGAGACCUUCAUCAAGAUGAUGCUAUAUGACAACUUCCCAUACCAGAAGAUCAACCUGCAGAGACGUUACGACUUCUUGCUCGCAGAAGAGCUCAAGAUCAAGCACUGCACAAUGUCACAAGCCGACAUCUCUGUCCAGCUCUACCAGUUCCACCUUCGGGCGCCAAAUCAGCCCACCUACAAGUACCAGUUCAAGACGUAUGACGAAGUCAUCCUCUCGGCGAUGGGUUACUAUGAGCCCGAGAUCUUCGACAACUCCACCAAACUCCGAGGCAGGAGGAAACUGAUGGAUCGGUCAUAUAACGCAUAUGACGUGGAUAUGCCCGACGACCCUUCGUCUGCUGCACAGCAUGCCAUUCUGGCUCUUGUCAAGCCGUCCAUGGCCUUAGCACCCAAUGGUGCUCCGGUGAACUCAGCCGGCGCAACAGAUCCGCUGGCCACACCAAGCAAAGAAAAGUCACACUUCAAUUUCCUCAGCCGACCAGACCUGAACGGCACACCGGGUGGCUCCGCAGCCGCAUCCCCAGCACCCGAGGGGUCAAACACGCCUGUGCCACCUGCCUUCCAGUUUUCCGCCAAUGGUGGCGGUGCCACGGACAGCCCGGCACCCAACGGCAACGCCCGCAACGGGGCCUCCCCGGCCCCGCCGCCGGGGAUGUUUGUCGACGCGACGCAGCGCACCUUGCGUGACCUCGCCAAUGAGCGCGACUCUGUGCUGCCCGUAGCCCCCCUGGACAUUGCGGUCCUGACGAGCAUCCAGAAUGCCGCCAAGGGCGACGACAAGAAGCUGCGCGACUUCCUGGGCUCCAUCAUGGUCGUCGGCGGCGGGUCCAAGACCCCAAUGUUCACGCAGACCCUCGAGGAGAAGCUGCGCGCCCGCAGGCCGGACCUGCUCGACCGCAUCCUGGUGUCGCGCAGCGCAAAGGACAUGGACGAGCAGGUCGUCGCGUGGAAGGGCGCCUCGGUCUUUGCCAAGCUGUCCACAAACGACUCGUGGAUCAACCCGUUCGAGUACGAGCGCCUGGGGGCUAGAGUGCUGCACCACAAGGUUCUUUGGGCUUGGUAAUGGUAGAUUUUCAUGUUUCUUUUUUGGAGAGAGGGAGGGUACAGCAGCGCAUGAAGGGAAGGGGGUGAGAUGUUCAGCUGGUUUUUUGAAAGGCAAGGGUUGGAGAGGGCGAAAAGAGCAGCCGCGGAACCCGGAAUGAGACCGGUAUAUUCUGGGGCUUUAAAAGGCCAGCAGCAGCAAAGUGCGCGAGAAAUCUAGACCUGGUUACCACCACCACCACCACCAUACAUCUUCGAGUGG